CACACACACACAAACCCACCCACUCACACACACACCCACACCCACCUAGUGGGAUUAAGACUUGCUACUUUAUUUGUUGAUAAAUUAGUAGUUGAUUAUAUUGGGGCAAUAAUUAUUUCAUACUAGAUGAGAUGUUAUACUGUAAAAAGAACUUGAAUGAUUUAGUUUUAGUUGAGCCAGACUAUGUCUUGUCAUCUUUUAGGUUUUAAGGAACAAGAUGAUAUUGUCCUAUUGUACAUGAGUCUACCUUUCCAUAUGGAUUCAAACUAAUGCCUCCUAAAUAUCUCUAUUGCAUUUUGUUGUUGGGCUCUCCAUCAUGUAAAUCUUUUGGGAUGACAUGUGGAUCACUUAUACACUCCCACAUUUUGGUUUCUCCCCUCAUGUUUUUGUCUCUGUAGAAAAUCAGGUGAUUAUAAUUUUGUAUUUAGGUGUACAAUUAUUUUUUUAUCUCUAGGUGACAACUUUUCUUUCCUUAACUUAAUCAGUUUUUCCCUUAACCGACUCUAUAUGGGCGAUUUCUCCCUUGUAUUUUCUAUAUAUAUGUAUGUCCUAUCUAUCACGACCCUAGGCUAGGAGAUGGGUAAUUGUGUAUGUUGGACGAGAAAAAGUUUCCAAGUGGAAGGAGAAGUCUAAGUUAAAGAGGAGUGUGGAAGCUUUGCAAAGAGAUUAAAUCAGAUUAUCUUAAGUUAUUUAAAUUAUGUUUUUAGUUGUUGUAAAUUUGUAUUUUAUAUUUGUUUUAUCUCCUAAACUUUAGGAGAAAGUUAUUCCUAGUUUUUAGUAGAUUACUAAAAUCCUUUCCUACUUUAUAGGAAAGAGAUUAAGUUGUAACUUGUAUAUAUUUUCAAAGCCAUCUCAAUAUCAAUCUAAGCAAGCAUUCUCGAUUUCCUAAGACUUGUUUGAUGGUAUCAGAGCUGCUGGUUCGAUCAGAAGUAGCAGUGAUUUUCUUUUAGUUUCGAUCAUGGCCGAAACAAACCCAAAUCCAACCCUAAUCGAAGCCUCGGCCACUAGUUCUCCGAGAACCUUUCCCCCACUUCCGUCUUCAUCAAAUUUUUUUACAACACCUAUUGAUAACUAACCCAAAUCCAACCUUAACUGAAGCCUCAGCCACUAGUUCUCCGAGAACCUUUCCCCUACUUCCAUCUUCAUCAAAUUUCUCUACAACACCUAUUGAUAACUACCCUCUACAAAUUACUCAGCACAAGCUAAAUGAGAGCAAUUUUAGAGAGUGAUCUCAAUCGAUAAUGCUAGUGAUCAAGGGCAAGGGCAAAUCCGGUUAUCUAAUCGAAUCUAUCCUCACUCCACCAUCAACGGCAGCCACCUAUGGUCUUUGGGAGGCAAAGAAUUCCACUAUCAUGGCUUGGUUGAUCAACUCUAUGGAGUUUAAAAUUGGGAGAAGAUACCUAUUCUACAAAACAACAAAAGAGAUUUGGGAAUCAAUCCAAGAGAUAUACUCGGACUUGGAGAAUUCCUCUUAAUGAUUUGAAAUCCAAUCUGCCAUUAGGACAACCAAACAAGGUAUGAGCAAUGUUAUUGAAUAUUUUAAUGUUUUGGUGGAAUUGUGGCAUGAAAUGGAUAUGUUUUAUACCAUCAGUUGGGAAUCUCCAACUGAUAGCAACAAAUACAAUAAGAUGAUAGAAAAAGAUCGAAUUUUUGACUUCCUACAUGGCCUUAAUCCCGACUUGGAUGAACUUCGAGGGAGAAUCUUGGGCACAAAGCCCUUACCAUCUCUUAAGGAAGUAUUUGCAGAAGUACGAAGGGAGGAAAGCAGACAUAAGGUGAUGCUUCAACACCAAAUUGACCCUGUUUUGCCACACCAAAACUCGGCCCUUGCCUCUAUCAAACAGGGAGAUCUUCUUCCCAAGACUCAAGGAAGAGAAAAAAUAUGGCGUGAUCAUUGCAAGAAACCCUAUCACACUAAGGCGACAUGCUGGAAGAUCCAUGGCAAACUAGCAAAUUGGAAGCCACGACCCAGGAAGGAGAGCUCCAGAUUUGCAUAUAAUGUAGAAGUUUCAGCAGAAACUAAACCUAGUUUGAACCUUUUCGAAGAUCAGAUACAAGCCUUGUACAGACUCCUCAAUCAAGGUACAAUCCAAUCAAGCUCUAAUAAUCCACAGUCCACUGCAUCAAUGGCCUUGCAAGGACCAAGUAUCGGUGAGAAUGAUUGGCAAUGCUAAGGCGUUGGACGGCCUUUACUGUCUUGCAGGAGAUUUCCCUAAUUCUUCUUCAAAUAAAGUUGUCCUAAGUGUGACCACCAAUGCAAAAGUCUUGUUAUGGCAUAAACACUUAGGACAUCCUAGCUUCCCUUAUCUCAAAUCUUUGUAUCCCAAUAUUUUCAGCAAUAAAGAGCAGAUUCUUUUAUGUGAACAAUGCACUCUUGUUAAACAGCCUAGAUCACAUCAUCCUAUUCAAUUGUAUAAGCCUUCUAAACAUUUCCAUUUGAUCCAUAGUGAUAUUUGGGGUCCCUCUAAAUGUCCGAAUAUCACUGGUUCUAGGUGGUUUAUUAUCUUCAUCGAUGAUCAUUCUAGGGCUUGUUGAGUGUAUUUAAUGAGGGAAAAAUUAGAAGCUAGUAAUAUAUUCAAAAUAUUUCAUAAGUUUAUUAUGAAUAUAUUCCAAACCUCUAUUAAAAUCCUUCGAAUCGACAAUAGCCGAGAGUAUUUUUUCAAUGAUUUCACAAACUACUUGGCCAAGCAUGGUAUCUUUCACCAAAGCUCGUGUCCAUAUACACCCCAACAAAAUGGGGUAGUUGAAAGAAAAAAUUAGUAUCUCCUAGAGGUGGUUAGAGCUAUGAUGUUUACCACUAAUGUCCCUCACUCCUAUUGGGGAGAAGCUGUCCUCACAACCGCUUAUUUAAUCAACCAUUUACCUUUCAAAACUUUGCAAUUCCAAACCCCCCCUUAGCAUUCAUUGCACUCUGUAUCCGAAUGCCUCUAUCAUUUUUUCCAUUGAUCCUAAAGUCUUUGGUUGCAUUGUGUAUGUUCAUAACAAUGCUCUAUCUCAAACCAAAUUGGACCCGAAAGCUCACAAAUACAUGAUGCAUCUUUAUUGGGUAUUCAUCUUCUCAAAAGGGAUACAAGUGCUAGUCUUAUCAAUCACAGAUUUUUUGUGUCUACCGAUGUUACCUUCUACGAGGAUAUUCCCUUUUAUCCCAUCACAGGUACAAAACCAGUCCCUACUGACCCUCUUCCCUCUUUUUUCCCCAUUGAUCCAAUCCUACUUGUGUGUUCUCAAGGGGGAGCAUCCUCAGCACCUUGUGAUAACACACUGGCAGAACCAGUUGUUUCCCCUAUUGAGCCUGCACAUGUUGUUCCCUCCUUUACAGUUACAAACCCCCUCUCUACCUGCCACUCUAGAAUCUACAUCAGUAGCUGCAGUUGACUUACAUUAACAGCAAUGACAAGAAAUUCUACAGGUGCUGUGCAAGGAAUUAGCAACUGCUCGAAACAGAAUGAAACAGUUUGCUGACAGAAAAAGAAAUGAAUGGAGCACAAUCAUGGCUAAAUACUAUGGGCAAUUUAUGAUUGUGGCUAAGUUUGGGACUGUGGCUUAUAAGCUCCAGCUGCCUCCUACUACUCAGAUUCACACGUUUCAAUGCUUAAGAAAUCAGUGGGAGCACAGUCGGUUAGUUCUUCCGUGUGUACUUUUAAUUGUGAUACUUCACCUCCAGUGGAACUGGCUCUUAUUUUGGAUAGGAGGGUCAUCUAUAAGCAUGGAGCCCCUUUGACACAAGUGCUGGUGCAGUGGAUGCGCCUCCAUCCGAAUAACGAUAUGUGGGAAUGCCUACCUGACUUGCUGAAUCAUUUCUUGCAGGCUGCUGUCCAUUU